CAGCAAAGAACAAGACGUGAUGUCAUUUGCUAUGCUAACCGAGUGAAUCUUUCUUGGAUUUAAAUGUGAUUCAAGAGCCCCCAAGUCACAACAUGGUGGUGGUCAGCAGACGAACUUUGGAAAGGAUUUAUUCCUUGGUUUUGUUGGCGCUUGUGCUCUUGUCUUGGUCGUACGUCAUCUACGCCGGCAGGGUCGCAGCUCAUUGGCUGCUGGAGAAGAGAGCCGCCCACCUUCGCCAUAACUGACAGGUGGAGCCGGCAAUCGGACGGUCCUUGGCGUCAAGCGCGCCAGGCAGGGAGAAUCCAAGAUCUUGCUCUCUUUUGCCGUCCGACUCCUCGGAGGUCUUGCCGUCCAGCCAGUACGUCACCAUGUCACCUUUCCCCUGAUGAGAACACGCUCGACUUUAGCGGGCUUCCGAAUGGCCUUGCACGGGAAUGGAAGUCGCUGACCUUGACCGGCAGUGUUCCGCGACACGCCAACACGUAGCCGCCAAUCUCUUCCAGCAGUGACCUGAAGACGUCUCCAGCCAGUGUCGGCUCCACAUCGCCUUCUUGAAACUCGGGGGGCUUGUACACUUCUUGAAGUCUCUGCUGAUAGGCUGAGGGAGGUUCCGCCCCUUCUCCCCGGCGAUACACCCUCAGCCCGUAAUCUGCCGAAACCAUGAGCGGUCGUCCAGCACACAGUUGAGAGACUUGAGGUGGCCGUGACAUAUGCGGUGCUGGUGGAGGUACGCCAUCCCUUUGGCGAUAUCCACAGCGAAGGAGAACCUAGGAGGCUCUUGUGUUACAUAGACAUGCGCCGAAUACAGGUUUCAAGGUAUACCGUGGUAUGAAAACGGUUUAAAAAAAAUUCCGUCAUACCGUCCCUACUGUAUUAGCUAUUGUUUACGUCCCAAAAAUGUAGAAAUCUCUCGCUUGCAGCUACAAGGCUCAACACUCCCCCACCGGUUGUUACUCAACUGUGCUGCACGAUGGCUGGAGGAGGUAAAACUCCUGAACUUUUUCCCUCCAUCGAAGAAAACGAAAUCGCCGGUAUGGGAAGACUUCGGAUACAGAAAACUUACAGACGGCCACGGCUUAGAGGAGGAGGGCCAACCGACAUGUAAAACAACUUUGCGCAGAGUAGCUGCAGAGGAGGCAAUACCUCCAAUAUGACUUCACAUUUAUACAAAAUUAAAGGAUGGCGAAGCAGAGGUUGCUCCUCAUGACGGACAAAUCAAAACUAAGCAGGAGCUGCCAAAGGAGGAUGCCCACAGCGUUCGGAUGUCUGCAUCCAAGUGAGCGUUGAGCAGCAGGUUGUCACUUUUCAACACAACGCAUUUGGAGCAAGGCUGCCCUCUGCUGCAGAACACUGAGAUCCCAAUCCCGCCCCCCCAUGUAGGUUUUAAAGUGCGGUAGGGAGGUGGUAGCCUCGCUGACAUGCUAACGCACCAGCAGAAGGAGAAAGGACAUUUAGGGAAAAAUUGGAGCAGAGAAAUAACAGGGCUGAAGAAAAGUGGGGACCUGCAUGGAAGAGCGUGGGUGUGUUCCCAGCUAUAAGUGGCCUCUGUCCUACCUGCAUGACACACCUCACCUCUGCAUUGCCGACAAUCGACUGGGCUCUGCAAGUUGUGCCUUCCUCUAUACAGAUGUCACAGCCGACGACCUUCUGCUUGCUGGUGGUGCCGGCAAUGUCGCUGCUGCUCUCGUCUCCCGUCGGUCGAAGCUCCGAGAACGUCACCCUAAGCCCUGGCUGUCACUUGCACCCGUUCAACGUGAGCGUCCGCAGCGACCGGCGCGGCACCUGUCGAGGGACCCACCUGGUGCACGCCUGCGUAGGCUACUGCGAGUCUAGCGCCUUCCCUUCCAGGUACUCCGUGCUGGUUGCCUCCAACUUCACCCGCAACGUCACGUCAUCGUCACGUUGCUGUACCAUCGGGAAGGAGGCCAAGGUCAAAGUUCGCCUGGAGUGUCCCGGAGGGCGUCACCACGACGACUUGGAGAUCCUGACAGCCAAGGCCUGCCGCUGCGACAUGUGCCGAACGUCCCGCUACUGACCUGAGGAUGGGAACCCGCCAUCCGAUCGACUUAUGCACUCCCAGACCAAAUCCGGAUUCCCGUGGUGGUGUGUUGACAGCGCAGAAAAAUCAUUUUUGCCGCAUUUUACAAGAAGCACUAACCGUAAACAAAUGACAAAAGAAUGUAAAAAAUCACAAAUAUUUAUUUGUCAGCAACUUCAACUCUUUCAGUGCCAUCGACGAUGAUAGACGUCUAAUCACGUGGCUCUUUUUAUCCUCCUGCUGUGAAUUUAUGAGUUUGUCACUAGUAGACGUCCGAUCGUUGUCAAUGGCAGCAAUGAGUUAAAGCAACACUAGGUAACUUUUUAUGGAGGUAGAUUUGUGUCUUUAUUAUUCAAUCCAAAAAAAAAAAAAAGUCACUUCAAACAACAAAAAAUGUUUUUGAAUGCAAAAAUAAAUUUGAAACAAAAAAAAAAUGCAUUUGAAAACUAUUUUUCUUCAUUUUUUUGUUUUUUUUUUUUGAUCGAAACAACAUUUUUGAUUUAAGUAAUGUAGUUUUGUGU